UUAAAACUUUCCAUUUGGCAGCUGCAUUUUCAACACUAUGGAAAUGAAUCUCCCUACCUUUUCUAGCGAUCUAAUUUUAAUUAAAAAUGUUCUGUAUCAAAGGACUGAUGCCAGAUAUAAAGGAAAAGUUGUAAGUGAAUCAGAGACGACAGGGUACUUCUCACAGGCUUUUGGAGAGGCAAACUAUGCAAGAGGCACCAGACUCCCUCUUUCUUGUGAAGGACCAACUUCUCAGCCGAAUAGCUCCAAGCAAACUGUCCUGUCUUGGCAAGCUGCAAUCGAUGCCGCUAGACAGGCCAAGGCUGCCCAAACUAUGAGCACCUCCGCACCGCCACCUGUAGGAUCUCUCUCCCAAAGAAAACGUCAGCAAUACGCCAAGAGCAAAAAACAGGGUAACUCGUCCAACAGCCGACCUGCCCGCGCCCUUUUCUGUUUAUCACUCAAUAACCCCAUCCGAAGAGCCUGCAUUAGUAUAGUGGAAUGGAAACCAUUUGACAUAUUUAUAUUAUUGGCUAUUUUUGCCAAUUGUGUGGCCUUAGCUAUUUACAUCCCAUUCCCUGAAGAUGAUUCUAAUUCAACAAAUCAUAACUUGGAAAAAGUAGAAUAUGCCUUCCUGAUUAUUUUUACAGUCGAGACAUUUUUGAAGAUUAUAGCAUAUGGAUUAUUGCUACAUCCUAAUGCUUAUGUUAGGAAUGGAUGGAAUUUACUGGAUUUUGUUAUAGUAAUAGUAGGAUUGUUUAGUGUAAUUUUGGAACAAUUAACCAAAGAAACAGAAGGCGGUAACCACUCUGGUGGCAAAUCAGGAGGCUUUGAUGUCAAAGCCCUCCGCGCCUUUCGAGUGUUACGACCACUUCGACUAGUGUCAGGAGUGCCCAGUUUACAAGUUGUCCUGAACUCCAUUAUAAAAGCCAUGGUUCCCCUCCUUCACAUAGCCCUUUUGGUAUUAUUUGUAAUCAUAAUCUAUGCUAUUAUAGGAUUGGAACUUUUUAUUGGAAAAAUGCACAAAACAUGUUUUUUUGCCAACUCAGAUCUUGUAGCUGAAGAGGACCCAGCGCCGUGUGCGUUCUCAGGGAAUGGACGCCAGUGUACCGCCAAUGGCACAGAGUGUAGGAGUGGCUGGGUUGGCCCAAAUGGAGGCAUCACCAACUUUGAUAACUUUGCCUUUGCCAUGCUCACCGUAUUUCAGUGCAUCACCAUGGAGGGCUGGACAGAUGUGCUCUACUGGAUGAAUGAUGCUAUGGGAUUUGAAUUGCCCUGGGUGUAUUUUGUCAGUCUCGUCAUCUUUGGGUCAUUUUUCGUACUAAAUCUUGUACUUGGUGUAUUGAGCGGAGAAUUCUCAAAAGAAAGAGAGAAGGCUAAAGCGCGGGGAGAUUUCCAGAAGCUCCGGGAGAAGCAGCAGCUCGAAGAGGAUCUAAAGGGCUACUUGGAUUGGAUUACUCAAGCAGAAGAUAUCGAUCCUGAGAAUGAGGAAGAAGGUGGAGAGGAAAGCAAACGAAAUACCAGCAUGCCCACCAGUGAGACUGAGUCUGUGAACACCGAGAACGUAAGUGGUGAAGGCGAGAACCAAGGCUGCUGUGGAAAUCUCUGGUGCUGGUGGAAAAGAAGAGGCACCUCCAAGGCUGGGCCCUCUGGGUGUCGGCGGUGGGGUCAAGCCAUCUCAAAAUCCAAACUCAGCCGACGCUGGCGUCGCUGGAACCGCUUCAAUCGCAGACGAUGUAGGGCUGCCGUGAAGUCUGUCACGUUUUACUGGCUAGUUAUUGUCCUGGUGUUUCUCAACACCUUAACCAUCUCCUCUGAGCACUACAACCAGCCUGACUGGUUGACACAGAUUCAAGAUAUUGCUAACAAAGUCCUCUUGGCUUUGUUCACCUGCGAGAUGCUGGUGAAAAUGUACAGCUUGGGUCUUCAGGCAUAUUUCGUUUCUCUCUUUAAUCGGUUUGAUUGCUUCGUGGUAUGUGGUGGAAUUACCGAAACCAUUUUGGUGGAACUGGAAAUCAUGUCUCCUCUGGGGAUCUCUGUGUUCCGGUGUGUGCGCCUCUUAAGAAUUUUCAAAGUGACCAGGCACUGGACUUCCCUGAGCAACUUGGUGGCAUCCUUGUUAAAUUCCAUGAAGUCCAUCGCUUCUCUGUUGCUUCUGCUUUUUCUCUUCAUCAUCAUCUUUUCCUUGCUCGGGAUGCAGCUAUUUGGCGGCAAGUUUAAUUUUGAUGAAACACAAACCAAACGGAGCACCUUUGACAAUUUCCCCCAAGCACUCCUAACAGUAUUUCAGAUCCUGACAGGUGAAGACUGGAAUGCUGUGAUGUACGAUGGCAUUAUGGCUUAUGGGGGACCGUCGUCUUCAGGAAUGAUUGUCUGCAUAUACUUCAUCAUUCUCUUCAUUUGUGGUAACUAUAUUCUACUGAAUGUCUUCUUGGCCAUCGCUGUAGACAAUUUGGCUGAUGCUGAAAGUUUGAAUACUGCUCAGAAAGAGGAAGCUGAAGAAAAGGAAAGGAAAAAGAUUGCCAGAAAAGAAAGCCUGGAAAAUAAAAAGAAUAACAAACCAGAAGUUAAUCAGAUAGCCAACAGUGAUAACAAGGUUACGAUCGAUGACUACCGAGAAGAGGAUGAGGACAAGGACCCCUACCCGCCUUGUGAUGUGCCAGUAGGUGAAGAGGAAGAGGAGGAGGAGGAGGAUGAACCCGAGGUCCCCGCUGGUCCCCGUCCUCGAAGAAUCUCUGAGUUGAACAUGAAGGAGAAGAUCGCCCCCAUCCCUGAAGGGAGUGCUUUCUUCAUUCUCAGCAAGACCAAUCCGAUCCGCGUGGGAUGCCACAAACUCAUCAACCACCACAUCUUCACUAACCUCAUCCUCGUCUUCAUCAUGCUGAGCAGCGCCGCCCUCGCCGCUGAGGACCCCAUCCGCAGCCAUUCCUUCCGGAACACUAUACUGGGUUACUUUGACUAUGCUUUCACAGCCAUCUUUACUGUUGAAAUCCUGUUAAAGAUGACGACGUUCGGAGCCUUCCUCCACAAAGGGGCUUUCUGCAGGAACUACUUCAAUUUGCUGGACAUGCUGGUUGUUGGGGUGUCUCUUGUGUCUUUUGGGAUCCAAUCCAGUGCCAUCUCUGUUGUGAAGAUUCUGAGGGUCCUAAGGGUCCUGAGGCCGCUUAGGGCAAUCAACAGAGCCAAAGGACUUAAGCACGUUGUCCAGUGUGUCUUUGUGGCCAUCCGGACAAUCGGCAACAUUAUGAUCGUCACCACCCUCCUCCAGUUCAUGUUCGCCUGCAUUGGGGUCCAGCUGUUCAAGGGAAAGUUCUAUCGCUGCACAGAUGAAGCCAAAAGUAACCCUGAGGAAUGCAGGGGGCUUUUUAUCCUGUACAAGGAUGGGGAUGUUGAUAACCCUGUGGUCCGGGAGAGGAUCUGGCAGAACAGUGAUUUCAACUUUGACAAUGUCCUUUCGGCUAUGAUGGCACUGUUCACGGUCUCCACAUUUGAGGGCUGGCCUGAGUUGCUAUAUAAAGCCAUCGACUCGAAUGGGGAGAACGUUGGCCCCAUCUACAACUACCGCGUGGAGAUCUCCAUCUUCUUCAUCAUCUACAUCAUCAUCGUCGCAUUCUUCAUGAUGAACAUCUUUGUGGGCUUCGUCAUCGUCACAUUUCAGGAGCAGGGAGAGAAAGAGUAUAAGAACUGUGAGCUGGACAAAAAUCAGCGUCAGUGUGUUGAAUACGCCUUGAAAGCACGUCCCUUGCGGAGAUACAUCCCCAAAAACCCCUACCAGUACAAGUUCUGGUACGUGGUGAACUCCUCGCCUUUCGAAUACAUGAUGUUUGUCCUCAUCAUGCUCAACACACUCUGCUUGGCCAUGCAGCACUAUGAGCAGUCCAAGAUGUUUAAUGAUGCCAUGGACAUUCUGAACAUGGUCUUCACUGGGGUGUUCACUGUCGAGAUGGUCUUGAAGGUCAUUGCUUUUAAACCUAAGGGGUAUUUUAGCGACGCCUGGAACACAUUUGACUCCCUCAUCGUAAUCGGCAGCAUUAUAGACGUGGCUCUCAGCGAAGCAGACCACUAUUUCACUGAUGCAUGGAACACUUUUGAUGCCUUAAUUGUUGUUGGUAGCGUCGUUGAUAUUGCUAUAACUGAAGUGAAUCCAACUGAAAGUGAGAAUGUCCCUGUCCCAACUGCUACACCUGGGAACUCUGAAGAAAGCAAUAGAAUCUCCAUCACCUUUUUCCGUCUUUUCCGAGUGAUGCGAUUGGUGAAGCUACUCAGCAGGGGGGAAGGCAUCCGGACACUGCUGUGGACUUUCAUUAAGUCCUUUCAGGCGCUCCCAUACGUCGCCCUUCUCAUAGCCAUGCUGUUCUUCAUCUACGCGGUCAUUGGCAUGCAGAUGUUUGGAAAAGUUGCCAUGAGAGAUAACAACCAGAUCAACAGAAACAACAAUUUCCAGACAUUUCCCCAGGCGGUGCUGCUGCUCUUCAGGUGUGCAACCGGUGAGGCCUGGCAGGAGAUCAUGCUAGCCUGCCUCCCUGGGAAACUGUGUGAUCCCGAGUCAGAUUACAGCCCUGGGGAGGAGUACACAUGUGGGAGCAACUUCGCCAUUGUCUACUUCAUCAGUUUUUACAUGCUCUGCGCGUUUCUGAUCAUCAACCUGUUUGUGGCUGUCAUCAUGGACAAUUUUGAUUAUUUGACUCGGGACUGGUCUAUUCUGGGGCCUCAUCAUUUAGAUGAAUUCAAAAGAAUCUGGUCUGAAUAUGACCCCGAAGCAAAGGGAAGGAUCAAACACCUCGAUGUGGUCACUCUGCUCCGCCGUAUUCAGCCUCCCCUGGGGUUUGGGAAAUUAUGCCCGCACAGGGUUGCCUGCAAGAGACUAGUGGCCAUGAACAUGCCUCUCAACAGUGACGGGACAGUCAUGUUUAAUGCAACCCUCUUUGCUUUGGUUCGAACGGCUCUCAAAAUCAAGACCGAAGGAAACCUGGAACAAGCUAAUGAAGAACUCCGAGCUGUGAUAAAGAAAAUCUGGAAGAAAACCAGCAUGAAACUGCUUGACCAAGUUGUCCCUCCAGCUGGUGAUGAUGAGGUAACCGUGGGGAAGUUCUAUGCCACUUUCCUGAUACAGGACUACUUUAGGAAAUUCAAGAAACGAAAAGAACAAGGACUGGUGGGAAAGCACCCUACGAAGAACACCACGAUCGCUCUCCAGGCGGGGUUAAGGACACUGCACGACAUUGGGCCAGAAAUCCGGCGGGCUAUAUCAUGUGAUUUGCAAGAUGACGAGCCUGAGGACACAAAACGAGAAGAAGAAGAAGAUGUGUUCAAAAGAAAUGGUGCCCUGCUUGGAAACCAUGUCAAUCAUGUUAAUAGUGAUAGGAGAGAUUCCCUUCAGCAGACCAAUACCACCCACCGUCCCCUGCAUGUCCAAAGGCCUUCAAUUCCACCUGCAAGUGAUAUUGAGCAACCGCUGUUUCCUCCAGCAGGAAAUUCGGUGUGUCAUAACCAUCAUAACCAUAAUUCCAUAGGAAAGCAAGUUCCCAGCUCAACAAAUGCCAAUCUCAAUAAUGCCAAUAUGUCCAAAGCUGCCCCUGGAAAGCGGCCCAGCAUUGGGAACCUUGAGCAUGUGUCUGAAAAUGGGCAUCAUUCCUCCCACAAGCAUGACCGUGAACCUCAAAGAAGGUCCAGUAUUAAAAGGUCCGACUCAGGAGAUGAGCAGUUCCCAACCAUUUGCCGGGAAGAUCCGGAGAUACAUGGCUACUUCAGGGACCCCCGCUGCUUGGGGGAGCAGGAAUAUUUCAGCAGUGAGGAGGGCUACGAGGAUGACAGCUCGCCCACUGGGAGCAGGCGAAACUAUGGCUACUACAACCGAUACCCAGGCAGCACCUUGGACUUUGAGCGGCCCCGGGGCUACCACCACCCCCAAGGCUUCCUGGAGGAUGACGACUCGCCCGUUUGCUAUGAUUCCCGGAGGUCUCCAAGGAGACGCCUUCUACCUCCCACCCCAACAUCCCACCGGAGAUCCUCCUUCAACUUCGAGUGCCUGCGCCGGCAGAGCAGCCAGGAGGAGGUGCCCCCGUCCCCGGCCUUCCCCCACCGCACGGCCCUGCCUCUGCACCUGAUGCAGCAACAGAUCAUGGCAGUUGCAGGCCUGGAUUCAAGUAAAGCCCAGAAGUACUCACCGAGCCACUCCACCCGAUCGUGGGCCACCCCUCCAGCGACGCCCCCAUACCGGGACUGGACACCGUGCUACACGCCCCUGAUCCAGGUUGAGCGGUCCGAGGCCCUGGACCAGGUCAACGGCAGCCUGCCAUCCCUGCACCGCAGCUCCUGGUACACGGAUGAGCCUGGCAUCUCCUAUCGGACUUUCACACCAGCCAGCCUGACCGUCCCCAGCAGCUUCCGAAACAAAAACAGCGACAAGCAGAGGAGCGCAGACAGCCUGGUGGAGGCCGUCCUGAUCUCUGAAGGCCUAGGCCGGUACGCAAGGGACCCAAAAUUUGUGUCAGCGACAAAAUAUGAAAUCGCCGAUGCCUGUGACCUCACCAUUGAUGAGAUGGAGAGCGCGGCCAGCAGCCUGCUGAAUGGGAACAUGCGAGGCCGGGCCAACGGAGACCUGGGCCCCCUCGCUCACCGGCAGGACUAUGAGCUGCAGGACUUCGGGCCCGGCUACAGCGACGAAGAGCCAGACCCUGGGAGAGAGGAGGAGGACCUGGCGGAUGAAAUGAUAUGCAUCACCACCCUGUAGCCCGGGGGCGGGCAGGGGGCCAGGGAAAAAGUGCCUCGUAGUUAGGAAAGUUUCGGCACUAGUGUGGAGUCCACAUUCAAGCAGACUUUUGUACAGGUGAUGUCACGCCUCCAGGAAGCCAUAAACCUGGUAGGGAGCGGCCCUGCACCUCGUGCUCGGCCCCAGCUGCGGGAAACAGUAGCCCAGCCCUCGGGGAGAGGACCAGCGAGGAAGUGGGGCAGGCCCUGCCUGCUUGCCCAGCGUGCACCGGGGCACCUCCCCACACCCGCCCGCCCGCAGGCACGGUGGGAAAAGGUUCAAGGUGAUGACGAUCACCAUACCUGUCAUUACCUCAGCCAUCGGUCUAGCAUAUCAGACAUUCACUGGGCCCAGCAUAUCCAUUUUUAACCCUCCCCCCAAUACACUGCUUCCUGGUUCCUGUUUAGCUGUUCUGCAGGACAGUGCGUCAGUCAGAACCCACCUACCAGCCGUCAUCCUGAGAGGGGAGCAGGACCUUAUACAUGAGGUGUUCUGCUCUUGACGCCAGUUUACACCAGAGAGCAUCACUCAGAGGGUCGGUUUCUGACUGUCAGGCUAAGGGCAACUAAGGGUAAACUGGAAUAAUAAUGCACUCGCAACCAGGUAAACUUAGAUACGCUAGUUUGUUUAAAAAUUAUAGAUUUACUGUACAUGACUUGUAAUAUACUAUAAUUUGUAUUUGUAAAGAGAUGGUCUAUAUUUUGUAAUUAUUGUACCGUAUUUGAAAUGCAGCAAUAUCCAUGGGUCCUAAUAAUUGUAGUUCCCCACUGAAAUCUAGAAAUUAGCAUUUUUACUCAGACCACACAGAAGUAGAAGAAAUAGAGCCAAUUCUCAUUUAUUCAGUGAAAAUCUUUUGGGGGCAAAAUUUUGAGUUCAAAAGAACUUGACACUAUGGAGAUUUUUCUAAAAUAUUUUGAGUCACUUUACAUGAGACAUGCCGGACGACUCUUCAGCCUUGUCUUUGGGCAAGAGUUCUGAUUUGAUAGUGUACCCUUCAGUCCACCAUGGGUUGCAAGCGUCUGUCUUGUUUUGUUUUACCUUACCCUCUGCUACGUUCAGAACAGAGUAGGUCAGGCUGGUGACUCUGACCCUGUGGAUUCACAGCUUUGGUUUUCUCAGCUGCCUCCUGCUCCCCGGGGUCAGCUUUGCAUCCCUGGUACAGAAAUCCUGUUCCCCUGCUCUGGCCCCCUGGGGACUGGUGAUGCUGCUUAAGAAGUAAGGAGUGUGGGGCAGAGGGCGCACAGUGAUCAUCUACAGGGUUAGAAUGUUAGGGUCUGUACAAAUUGUAUUGUUGCCUUUUUACAAAACAUUGCUGUACUGUGUGUUCUCUUUGAGGGCUUUUAUAUGCAAUUGAAUGAGGGCUGAAGUUUUCACUGGAAUGCACUCACACUCCGACUGUACUUCCUGAUGAAAACCCACUUUUGGAUCAUUAGAACCAUCAAGGCUUCUUUUUCUGUUCACAGAACUAUGCCGACAUUGUCAAGUUACCUUGGCAGGGAUUCCCUGCAGUCAACAAACAGGUAGCAAAUUUUGGUUCAAAAAUUUUAAAUACAUAGACAACCUGUUAAUGUCUUUGUUUUUUUGUAAAUAACAACUUUGUUACAAAGACCUUACAAACCUCUUCUUAAGACAUUCUUAUUCCAGAUCCAGGCAAAAACACACAAAGGUUUGUAAAUGACUAUUUCCUGACAAAUGCUUUUUUAUUAAAAUGCAAAAUGAUCUUCAGAACAAACUGUGUAAUAAUUUCAUUGUAUCUGGGAGCUUCUCUUUGUGAAGAGCACCAGCGAGAGCUGCAGAAGAGGCCGGGAAGACGGUUGUCAAGAGAGGGUAGUGCUCCCCCUCAUGGCUCCUUCGACCCCUGAGGUAACUUACUGCCAGCUGCAGGGAGCACGGCUUCUCCUUACAGGGCUAGCGCCGUCACCUCCAUCACCUCCGACUCCGUGUCUCCGGUGGGUACUGGUCUCACUGACUUAUUAGCAGGGCAGAAUCGCCCUUCCUGGAUGCAGUUUUCUGGUGUAAGUGAUUUUUCCAGUCAGUAUCUACAAACUGGCUGCAUCACUCCCAAAAUCUGUCUUCUUUAAGCCUGGUUCAACCUCUGGUCUAACAUCGCAUUUAUUUUUUUGUAAGAAAAAUUUGAAGUUGUAGAGCAUGGUUUUCUUCUUUGUUUUAAGAAAGUUUGAAGAUUUAAACUUGUUCCCUUUUUGGUUCCCUGCCAGGCUCCUACAUAGAAGUACUUUUGUUGUGUGCUCAGCAACAGUACACAUGGUUUCUUUAACAUUGUUUUCAUAAUGUCACAAGAUAGAAGUGGCAGCUACAAUUUAACUGAAUCUGCGAUUUUUUGGUCUAGAAUGCGGGGCCCCUGCUAGUCCAGGAUGUGCGUCCCAGCUCUGUUCCGAGAUGUUUCCAAAUCAGCCCAAGGCAGGGAAGGGUGGUUUGUGACAGCCCCAGAAGCUUCUCAGUGGCUUUUCCCCACUUGAUAAACCCAAUUGCUGUGGUCCUAAGUUUGUGAAAGAAACCAUGGCAGUUUUAGUUCAUGUUUGUUGUUUUUUUUUUUUUUUUUUUUUUUUAACAGUCUUAAAUGUCUCUGCGAGUUGCCCACAUUCCUGAAGAGGUUAUCAUUAUGACGAGCAGUUGAUUUGUUCUAAAAACUGGUUAGCGGUAGAGGUGCUGCCUGGUACUUUCUGCUUCCUUAUUAGCCUACCCAGAUUCAGACUCCAGCCAUGCUUACAUUUGUUGGAAAGGUUUUUAUUCCUCUAAGGUGUUUCUUCUCUGCUAGGGACGUGACAGGGCAGGCCAGGAGGAGCAGCAGGAGCCCUUGCUGCCAGCGUGAGAAGGGGGCUCUGCAGCAUGCCCUGUGGGGGUGGUGGCAGGUUCUCAGGACAGCGUCUGUGGAGGGGGUACAUUUUGUUCUGGACAUGAAGAGAAAAGCAUCUGGUGUUCAGUCUGCUGUUAAGUUGAUCAGUGGAAAUAGGAAACCACCUUUGGGUGGAGGAACAUGGUUUGACUGGCGAGAACUGAUUUGAAUUUAUCGAAAUGAUGUGCUGGAAGCAGAAAGGCUGUAUGUGAAGCCACUAGAGUCUUGUUUCCAGGACCCGCCCUUCCAAUAUUCAGUGUUCCUGUACCCGUGUGUUCUGUCCCUUGUUUUACCAGGAAGGCCCCUCUGCCGAUGUAGCAGCUUAAACCCCGGUUUCUUCUAAGGGGUCAGUGUUCCUCAGAGCCUGGCCACUAAGCACAUACAUAGCUUCCCAUUAGGCUUUUUCAGCCUUGUUUUGAAGAGUGCACUCUUCCAUUACUGGCUUUUUUGCUAAGGGGCUUACCUGACAAAGUGCCAGCUCCUGCCAGGCUGGGUGCUGAAAGGCCUCCAUGUGCCCAACAGACCGCCCGACUGCAGCUUGUCUCCCCAACUUGAACCAGCCCCACCCUGGCUCCUCAACCAGCAGCCCUGUCUUUGUGGCCAAGGUUCCUCAGGACAGUCGGACAUUCAGUCCACCCUGUUGUUGCCCCCGGGGCCACCGCUCCGUCCAGAUAGCGGUCACACUCCCGUCAGGACUGGUGGGAGCAACUGCUUAAAGUCAGAAUAUGCUCUCCUGUGUCCAAACCCCAACAGCAGUUUUCCACUUUGGCUUCUGGAUAUGUGACACUCAUGGUCUCCUUUGAAACUUCUGUCUGUAGCUAGACACGUGUGAUGGAGUGGGAGAGGGGCCUGGGUGUGGUCGAGCUGUUUGCACACCACUUUGCUUAUCUUACAACAUAGCAACAGCAACAAACCAGCCAUUGUCUCAGAACACCACAGGCCACAAAUAACAGCCGUGUCACCGGCCAUACCCACCCCAGAGAAGCAGGUCAGUGCCAUGACAGUCAUGCCCAGGACUCCCUACACUGCUCACUGUGGACUUCUUGGCACUCAGAGUGGUGGGGCUGGCUACCUGCACUCCUCUGCUGUUCCCGCACCCUGACAGGUGGCUCCCAGACACAGAUGAUGGUGACCGCGACCCAUGGCGGUGAGGCAGGUGGGGAGUCUCUCAAGGAGAGAGAUCUUGGCAGAUUAAGAAUUUUCUUUCUUGACCCUCCUUUGGAACAGAAUGUAAAGAAAAAACAGGUAAGAUUUAAAUAAGAACUGCCUAAAAUUUCUAAAGGAAAGACAGGCGUGACAGUUUUCUUCACCUUUCUCAAACAUAAGUUGACACCGUCAGGCCUCUCAGCCACCUCAAUCCACACUGACCCCCGGGGCAGCUUGAAAUGCCUCAUUUUCCUCCCAUCGUUCUGGGCCCAGCCCUGCAAUUCUCUUCUUCCCUGCCAUGGAUGGUGGCUUUGGAGAAUUUUCAGAAAAAUCAAUCCAAAUUGUAUUUGGUUUUCAUUACCUUGUAAGAAUCAUGUGGACACAACAUACCACUUCAAAAAUAAGUUCUCGGGUUCUGUUAUUACAUUAUAAGAAUUUUAAAGAUCAAAGGGCUGUUUUAAAUGCUACUUGAAUGUUCCCCCCCCAGUAUUCAAAUCUUUGACUAUUUUUCUUCCACUCAGCUGCAUUUUUACAGGACCAGAAUGCAUAGUUUUACUUGCCUGCCCUUUCUGUCUUGGCUCCACCCUGGUCUGUUCCUGUGGACAUCUAGAGAAAAAGAAUUAUCCAGUCCUGUCCACUGCCCAGUGUCUUCCAGGUGGAGAGGAAUGCACCCCCUUGGACUAGCUGCUUCAACAUGGACUGGUGGCCUGGUAUGUGGAGGGUUUGCUCUGGGUUUGCUUCCUGGUAAUAGGAACAUCAUUUAAAAUGCUGCAUCAUCGUGAAUGAAACCUGAGAGAGUUUCCCUUGGGAAGCUUCCCUCCUUGAACAAUGUCCAGAAAUCAUUUCAGUGGAAUGAUCAUGUUUAAUAGAGCACCAGAACACUGGAGAGGUGGCCACCAGCCCCUGUGGGUGACCCGACCGAACACUAGUUCUUGCCUCAGUCUGAGAGUGAAGUCAGGAAGCUGCAGAGGAAGGAAAAGGCUGUGUUUCUUCUAGCAGGCAGCUCUCCCUCUGAACAGGGAAGCUGGCGGCUAUGUGCAUGCCCAACCUGAGCAUGACUCUGGCCUCAGCCAGAAGCCUGUAGUGGAAGAUGUCUUGGAAAACGCAGUGCAGGUCUAGCUGGGCACAGCGCCCGGCUCUGAGAAUAGUUUAGAUAAGGCAUUUUGGGGCUUGCCUUCCCAGGGGGGCCUGGGAGAGGACCCCUUCCCUCAAGUCCAGCAGGACUGAGGCAGGCAGCAGGAGCAAGACCCUGGGUGGGACAGCACCAUGGAAUAAGACAGAGGAUAGGGUGGGACUUAACCAUCCACCUCUGCUGGCCUCCCUUCUGCUAUUCCUCCAGGAGGCAGGGACAUGCUGGGAGAAAGAAACCUGACUCACUGGCAGCACUGGUCUCAUUUCCAGUUUGCAGCCAUUGAAUCCUAAUGUUCUAGACAGUUUCAGGAAAGAGCCUUUGGAGCAAGGGCUAGGCUGGCCCACUUGGCUCAUCAGGGGCCUUCUCAGACAAUGACUGCCUCAGCGCUGGGUGGCCAGGCUCCCAGGCUUGUAGACAGGGACAUCCUUGUCCUGGAGUGCUGGCUGGCCCUUAAUGAUGUCAGCUGUCUUCUCUGCGAUCAUGAUUGUGGGGGCAUUGAGGUUGCCGCUGACCACACUGGGCAUGAUGGAGGCAUCGACCACCCUGAGGUUUUGCACCCCAAGCACCCUAGUCUGCGGGUCCACCACAGCCAUGGGGUCGGAGGGCUGGCCCAUCUUGCAGGUGCACGAGGGGUGGUAGGCACUGUCUGCUUUUGCCCUCACGAAGGCGUCGAUCUCUUUAUCGGAUUGCACCUGGCUUCCUGGCUGGAGUUCUUUACCCCGGAAUGGGGCCAGGGCUUUCUGUGCAAAAAUUUCUCUGGUCAGCUUCACACACUGACGGAAGUCCUCAAUAUCAUUUUCUGUGGAGAAGAAACAGGUGAGAUGACUCCUCUGAUCAUGCUGGCUUUACAGGAAGAUUCUCGGCAUAGAGAGGUUUAGUUAGCCCCCUGAGGGGACAGUUUGAGAAAUGGAGGUCUGAACCACCGGGUUAACUUGUCACCUACCAAUAGGGAACUCUGCAACCAAGCAGAAUCCCAGGAUGGACAAAGUCUGCCCUGGGUUUAAAUCCAGAGUUCAGAUUUGCGUAAAAAAGCAUGGCUGUGAGCACCUCCUGAGACGUUACUGGGCAAUACCUGCCAGAUGGGCAGUGCUCAUUUUUGCUGCAUGCAAAGAGGUAAUAGCCGGAAAAAUGCUAUGUGAACCAUAUUUGUAGUUGGCUCCCCUUGCACUUCCUGGUAUGGUAGAUUGAUCUGAAAGUUGCAAACUGACCCAGGGCACUAGGAAGCAUGUCCAAAUUUACAGCCUAGAAUGAUGGGGUGGAGCAAGGGAAGAGGGUGAUGUGUCUUCAGAAAAUGUGAUCUGGAGAAAGGUUCAGGGACAGAUAGGAGCCCCAUAAAGGCACACAUUCAGUGAAUGAUCCCACAAACCCAGGCCUUGGGGAGACAAAAGUGGGUGAAUUACCUGUUGACAAGUAGUUGGGUUGGAUCACGGGGUGGUCCUGAGGGUUGGCACUUCUCAGUUUGAGCCAGCCCACACUCGUGCCCCGCAUGGUCCCCACAUGCACCUAGAAGAACCCAGAGGAAGCAGUGACCUCCGUCAACCCCUGGACUAAGUAGCUUAGGCCCCGAGUUUCCUGUUGACCUAGAAUACCUGCCCUGAGCUGGGUGCCUGCUUCUCCUUUCCAUGCUC